AUGGCUGUGCAAGGAGCGGAGGAUGUUUAUUUAACACUUCUACUAACCGACACAUACUUGCCUGGUGCUUUGGUGCUUGCGCAUUCGCUGCGAGACAGCGGUACCACAAAGAAGCUCGGUGUGCUAGUCACCUUGGAUUCGGUGGCUGCCGAAGUUAUUACACAACUCAAGACGGUAUACGAUUAUGUCAUUCCGGUACCACGAAUCAAGAAUGCUUUCCCCGCGAACCUGUCGCUCAUGAACCGUACCGAUCUCGCCUCUGCCUUUACCAAGAUCAACCUCUGGAAACAGACCAGCUUCAGGAAGAUAGUUUACUUGGACGCAGAUGUCGUGGCAUACCGAGCCCCCGAUGAGCUCUUCGACCUGCCCCAUGCCUUCUCGGCUGCGCCAGACAUCGGCUGGCCUGACAUCUUCAACACGGGCGUCAUGGUCUUGACACCUAACAUGGGGGACUACUACGCCCUCUCCGCCAUGGCAGAAAGAGGCAUAUCCUUUGAUGGAGCCGAUCAAGGCCUGCUGAACAUGUAUUUCAAGAAUACCUAUAAUCGUUUGAGCUUUACUUACAAUGUUACCCCGUCCGGCCACUAUCAAUAUAUCCCUGCCUACCGCCACUUCCAAUCGAGUAUCAAUAUGGUCCACUUUAUCGGCACAGACAAGCCUUGGUACCAAGGGCGAAGUGCGAGUGCAGGGAGUGGGCCGUACGACGAGAUGAUUGGCAGAUGGUGGGCAGUAUACGAUAGACAUUAUAGGGCUGAGGAUACCGCUGCAACACCACAAAUAGAACUGGUACAGUACCUGACCAAGGGAGAAUAUCAACCGCCACAGCCUCGAGUCACCAACAUCGAACAUGGCAAGAGCACGGGUGAGCAUUACGAUGAACAUGGAGACGACCAAGCGCCACAAUCCAAUUAUCCCCAACAAGAUGGUCAUCAAGCUCAGUCCGGGGCCACCACACAGUCCCAUGAGCAGUUUCCUAGUACAUCGUCGUUUAGUAGCUCUACCGUCGAGGGAACCCAAGCUGAGGCUCGUGCAGAGCAGGUUCCCCAGCAGCAGUAUCAUCCGGAGGCCCCUCCCCCUCCGCCGGAGGAGAAGAAGCCCGAGCGGCCACCCGUCACCUUCUCUGACUGGGACGCUCAAAGACAUCCUCCACCAGCCGACUCGAAACCGGAAGCUGCGAAUUUCCCCGCCAUAUCUUAUGAGAUGUCGAAAGAAACUGCUCCGUUCGUCCCUCCCGAACGAUACCCGAGCCCGCCGAAAGACAUGUGGUACAAGGUCCCGGAACAACCACCCACAUAUCGUGUCGAGAAGCCCAAGUCCAUCUUCCCUUGGGAGACCAGCCAACCACGGCCGACUCGUGUUUUUGCCGAUGAUUCGUCCCAGACUCAAGAAACCGAGACGGAGAAAUCGAGCACGCCUACGGGUGAGCCACGGGCUUCUGCUCCUUUUGAAAGCCAGCCGCCGACUGAAACUACUUUUAUAGAGCACUCCGGUGCAGAACAGAAAGAGCCAGUCACACCUGCCACCCCAACCAUCCAUAUCACGCCAUCAGAUCCUUGGACUGCUUUUACUCGGACCAAUGCAUGGGACGAAGUGCCCGCAAUCGAGCGCUACGUCGACAAAAUGCAGAGUCACCGACGUACAAGAAGUCUGAAAUCUCCUGGCAAGAUAGACCUAUCGGGUCCGGGCGGGGCGGUGGCGGAGCGUGACUUUGCGCAGACGCGACGCGGUUCUAGAGUGACCGACUUCCCGUCGGAAGCUGAACGCCCGAGUCUGCCGGUUACGCCUGCACCCAUCCGCCGGCCGAAGUUCUGGGGUGGCGGUGGCCCCGGCAUCGGCGAUGGUGAUGACGACGAUCCUUUGCUGCCGGCCGCGGAGGGCGUGCCUGGCCAAAGUGAAUGGGUAUGUGUGCAUGGGCGAUGGUGGAAGCCAACAGAUUGCCUUUGCGACCUAACUAACGUUCUGCGUCAUCAUAAGGAUCCUGUAGCGCAACUCCAGAAACUGGCUAAGCAACAGUCCGAGGCGCUGCUACAGAAGCUUGGGGACCAUACUCAUGACAGCGACGACUUGCCGUCACGAUCUGUUCCAUUUGGUUCCGAGGAUUUGACUUCCCCCACGUACAUGGCGCGAUCUCCUCAAGUGCUAAGUCCGCAACCAGUGAAAGGUAGCGCCAGCUCAAGCAUAGUUCGCAGCAUUGUCUCCGAAGAACCGGCGAAACCUCGAGAUUCAAACCGAACAAGUGACACAGCUACAUCAGAUACUGUCUUGAAGCCAAGCUACAGCGGGCCCGGCUCCGAAUUCGAGAAGGGCGAGGACUUCUCCAAGCACUCAACCCCUUUGCCGCCAAGCGAGAACGAAUUAGAUGUGCUUAACUCAUAG